ACAAUGCCCAGUUUGUAUCCUCAUGAUCAACCCCAUUUACCCUACGGAACAAGAAUUUGAAGCCGAAAACAACACCAGCCAAACCACCCCACGAUCCUGAGUCAUACGCAAUGGCUACCGACUUUCAGUCCUCCCUAUCUGCCAGUAUGCGACAGAGCAUGGCCCCCGUCGGCCCCUCUGUCGCAAACCAGCUGCCCAACAUCAACUUUGGCUUCGAUGACCUGCGCGAUCGCAUGGCAAAGUUCACGGCCCGAUUCGAUGCAUUCAUUGAAGAGGGCCGUAAGCGCGUCCUCGAAGAGCGCAACCAGUUUCGCAUGAACGUCGCUGAACUUCAAGAGGAUCAACGUAUGAAGAAGCGAGACAUCGAAAUCAUUCAAGUCAAGACCUCGACGCACCAACAAACAAUUGAGAAGGAAGAGGCGGAAACGCGCGAGAUGGAGAGCGCUAUUAACUCCCUCGCUGCCCAGCGCGAUAACCACCUCGCAACCCGCGACAGUCUCAAGGCUGAAAUUGCACAAACACAAGCCGAGAUCGAAGCCCGACUUGCCGCGCAGCGCGAAUACGCUCAACAGCAACAAGCCCAGUCUCGUUUUAACGUGCCUGAGUUGGACUUCUGGAUCACCAACCUAUGCCUCAAGAUCGAGGGCGCUGGCCACGACGAUCGUCUCAAGUUUGUGUACACGCAUAUUGACGAGAAGGAUUGGGAGCGCGAGGCUUGGUUCGAACUUGUUACAAGCUCACGUGAUUACGAUGUGAAGCAUUGCAGACCCAAGAUCGAGAGGGAGAAGGUUGAGAAGGUGUUGGAUAAGCUGAAUGAGUCGAGGGAAUUGGUUGUUCUGCUAAAGGGGAUGAGAGAGUUGUUUGUGGAGGCCAUGAAGACCUGAAGAGCUGAUUGAUGGAUUAUGCUGCGACGACCGUUUACGUGCGAUAAUGCUGUUUUUGAGAACGAUAAUUAUACCUUGGAUGAUUUCUUCUGUUUGAUAUAAGGUUCUGAGUUUAUCUCUGAGUGUCUGAAAGAUCUUUGACCUGAGCACUAAAGUGACCUCCUAGAUACUAAUUAUAUUUACCAAUGAGGUCGUGUUGAA